AUGGAGCAAGCGUUGAGGCCAUCGAAAGCAGCAUUGUUCGAAAAGGAUGGCUGUCCCGAUAAUAUUGAUAAGGUAGUGAAUGACGAUUCCAAGCUAUCGAUUUCCCUGAAUGUGAAGCAGUUCAAGCCAGAAGAAAUGUCAGUAAAUCUGAAUGGAAGAACACUCAAGAUCGAAGGCAAGCAGGAGAUCAAGGAAAGGAAUGGAUACACCACGAGAAUGUUUGUUCGACAGUGGAGGCUCCCCAAAGAAGUCAGUGUUGAAGAGUUAAAAUCCAACCUUACCGAAGAUGGUCACCUUGCCGUUGAAGCACCAAAAAUAACGAAAAGGUCACCUACCUCAAGAAGCAUUGAGAUCCAGAAGUCAGCACCACCUGUGAAGGAAAAUGGAGAGACUCCAGGGGUCAAAAAUCAGUUUUAUGAACGUCCAAAUAUCGACAGAAUUGUUAUUUCGGAGGCUGGAAAAGCGAUAGAACCGAAUUUUUGGAGAUCUCAAGUAUCACACUUUGGUAUUCCGAAGAUUCAAACGUCGAUGACAUCGACGUUUCGAGCUUCGACUACCGAUAAAAUUGAGGUUCUGGUCACUCGGGAAUCAAAGAAAUCAAUAUUUCGGGGACAGAGAAUCGAUAAUAUUUGGUACUAUUGA